AUGAAGGUUAUCGAAUCUGCUGACGAGUUCAAGUCGCUCACCUCUGUUUCCAAACUUGUGGUCAUCGACUUCUUUGCCACUUGGUGUGGCCCUUGCAAAAUGAUUGCUCCAUUGUUGGAGAAGUUUUCUGCUGAGUAUUCCGACUUCGACUUCUACAAGGUUGACGUUGAUGCUUUGCCAGAAGUCGCUUCUCAGUGGGACGUCAGCUCUAUGCCUACCAUCUUGUUCCUCAAGGACGGUAAGGAAGUUAAGAGAAUCAUUGGUGCUAACCCAUCUGCCAUCAAAGCAUUCUUGGCUUCCCAGGCUUAA